UGGAUCGCGAUGAAAGAGUGCAGCUGAUCGCGAGUUUUGUAAACAAUUAGUGAAAAUCCCAAGAAAAUACCCUUCAGAAUACCCUUUAAUUCUUUUAAAACUACAGAAAAGUCACACCAACGUGUGAAAUUUGUAAAAUCUCCCUUAACCUUCGACCCAAUCCAGAGUACAGUGAGAUUAAUCCGGGGAAAACAGAAGAGAGCGCCUUAUCUCACUCUCACCUCUCCAUUCGUACAUAAUUUAUUUGAGUACUUGAAUUUGCUAGCGACAGAGAAUUUGCAGUGAAAAAAGGAGGGUAAAAAUGUCGCUUUCGAAGCCAAUUUACAAUUUAAUCGGCGCAUACUUUGAGCAAUUGUUCAAUCACCCAAUCAGGACUAAAUCACUCACAAGCUGUGUCAUCGCCACCGCGGGUAAUGUCGUGUCCCAGAAGAUUUCCGGCAGCAAGGAGAUCAAUCCGCACAGCGCCGGCGCCUAUGGAUUGUUUGGAUUACUCUUCGGCGGAACACUGCCUCACUACUUCUACCUGUUCUUGGAUCGCAUUGUGUCUGACGAGCUGAGAUUCCGCAAAUUCUACCAAUUUCUGCUGGAGCGCCUCACAUUCACGCCCCUCUUCCAGCUGUGCUCACUCUACUUCCUGUCGCGCUUCGAGGGCAACAGCCAUCAGGUGGCCUUCGCGAACCUCUACAGACUCUACUGGCCAGUGUUGCAGGCCAACUGGAAGUACCUCUCGCUCUUUGCCUUCAUCAACAUCACAUUCCUGCCACCCUUCUUGCGCGUCUUCACGGCCAACAUCAUUGGCUUCUUCUGGAUCAUCUUCCUAGCCAACAAGCGACGCCAAGUGGCCAAGAAGACGGAGUAAUUUUUUUGGGGAAACUCGAAAGAGAGGCAUUUUUAAUUGUUUGAUUUUUCGAUAUAUUCCAUACUUUUUAUAUAUUCUUUUACUGCUGGGCGAGUAGCUUUUGGAGCAUUUUUAUGGUGUUUGUUACAAAAUAUCAUGCAUUGGAAAUAAAUUAGUUU